AUGGAUGUCGUCGGUGAGAUUGCCUUUGGUAAGGCAUUUGGCUUUCUUGAGGACGAUGAGGACAAGUUCUCCUACAUAAGUACGACGGAGAGCACCAUUCCACUGAUCAUCCUCACGGGCGCAUUCCCUUGGCUGGCCAAGAUUGCUCAGUCACCACUGAUGACAGCCUUUAUGCCGAAAGACACGGAUACUUAUGGUUUGGGCAAGAUCAUGGGGCAAGUCCAACAAUACACAGAUUCACAUCCAGAGGAUAUCAUCCGCAGCUAA